UUACUUUCACUACUACUCAGAACUAAGUUCACUUGGCCACUAUUCUCGAGAAUCCAAUGAUCCUUUGCCUGAAGGUUCAGAGAUAUUGCCCAUUUCAAAUAAGCCUAGGGAUUUGGCUGCAGCUCUGGCAGUAAAGAUGCUAGAGGAUGGUUUUUGUUGCUUGUCAACAUCCCAAAGGAAAGACCACAGCAUGCUUGUCAUGACUCCAUGCUUAAAAAUGUCUCCUCCUAAAUCUUAUAUAUUGCUUGAACCUCUUUCUGAGUCCUGUUAUCAUGGCAAUAACAAAGUUAUUAGAUCAACCCCAUACCCAGUUGGAAUUCACAGUUCCAGUGACUCACAGACUUCUGAAUCCCCUGGAAGUGAAUAUCCUGGGGCUUUGGCUUUGAAAUAUCCUGAGCUUUUAGGAAUCCAGCAUGCUUAUAAAUCAGGAAUUGGGAAGAAUGACAUUGAAACUUCACCAGAUUGGUCAUUCUCUCCUCCUAAAAGAUGUGCUUUGUUGGAACCACUGGAUGAGAGGUCAAUUGAAAAAAUUGGCAACAAAUGCAACUUCCCAGUCAUCUCUGAUUUCAUUCAGCCAAUCGAGAAUUCUCUAUCCAAAGCAAAUAAUACUACAGAACCAGCUGGAGGCAGCUUUGCAUUCAUUGAAAGCACACCUCUGUGGAGGGAACCAUAAAGCACAGUUCGGUCAGGCAAAUGGCCUGGUGAGAAUACUCUGGAAGAAAGAGUUGUGGACUAGGUUUGAAGCAGCAUCUUCUUAUGGGUUUCAUUAUAAUGCCCCUACAUUCCAAAAGGCCUCAAAGGAAGGAUUCCUCGACAUGCUGGAAGAGGCUUUUUGUGAUGGAGAAAGUUUAGUACUUGAUGUUUCAGGAUCGUUAACCUUGUUUGUGCUCUUUGUAUCCGUAUUUGUUCAUACCAGCUAAAAUAUACAUGUAUAAAUCAGCACAGCUUUUAGUUCAAAAUAAUAUAUUUUUGUAAUUUCU